GUCAUUAUACAGUCAAGAAAAUGAAUUCUCCUAGUGUUAACAUGAAGCUCUUGUUGAUUUUUGUAUUAGCCAUUAGUUUCUUUGUUACACCUAACAAUUGCAACAUUCUGAACAGUUAUCAUGUUCAUGUCGUCAAUGAACUGAGCCCAGGUAAGGUGUUGUUUGUGCAUUGCAAAUCUUCAGACAAUGAUCUUGGCGGUCAUAAUCUUGGGGAUGGCCAAGAAUUUUCUUGGAGUUUCUAUAUGAAUUUUAUAAAAACCACCCUUUUCUGGUGCCGCAUGGCUCCUGAUGACCAAUCUUUUGCUGAUCUAAAGGUGUUUUGGAAUAGCAACUCUCUAUUUUAUAAGUGCGGUCAUGAGCAAGAGUGCAUUUGGAUUGCUAAAGAUGAUGGAGUUUACUUGAGAAAUAUCCCAAUGAAUGUGGACGAGUUCCAACGCAGCUGGGGAACAAUAAGGCACAAUGGCUGAAUCCAAAUUAGAAUAUGAUUUUAGUAUUAUUUGUUUGUGCUGCCGAGCAGUUCUUUAAUAUGUAUCCUACUUCUUAGAAUAUUUAUUAUUAAUAAAACAUAGUUUUAUUUAA